AUGCCGUCGACAAAUAAUGCCAACAGACGUUUGAAGCCUGUGUCGAUGCUGUACAAUGCUUCCAGGUCGACCAGAUCGGUUUUGAAAAAAUACAUGAAAUUCGUGGGCCCCGGGUUGAUGGUUAGUGUUGCGUACAUGGAUCCAGGUAAUUACUCUACUGCAGUGGAUGCCGGAAGUACCAACAGAUUUGCACUUUUGUUUGUUAUCCUGCUGUCCAACAUCAUCGCCAUCUUCUUGCAAUCGCUGUGUAUCAAAUUGGGCACCGUAACGGGCAUGGAUCUGUCUAGAGCCUGUCGUAAAUACUUGCCUCGGUGGUUGAAUUGGACAAUUUACUUAUGUGCUGAAGCUGCCAUCAUUGCUACAGAUGUAGCAGAAGUGAUUGGUUCUGCGGUGGCUCUUAACAUUUUGAUCAAAGUUCCUCUGCCAGCUGGUGUGGCAAUCACAGUGGUGGAUGUUUUGUUUGUCAUGAUCGCGUACAAACCCGGCAGCUCAUCCAUGCGGUUUGUGAGACUCUUCGAAUUGGCCGUGGCAGCUUUGGUUUUGGGAGUCUGCAUCUGUUUCUGUAUCCAGCUUGCGUUCCUACCACGAAUUCCUGUACGUGAAGUCUUCCGUGGUUUUGCUCCCUCUAAGGAAAUGUUUCAAAACAACGGGAUUUACAUUGCAGCAUCUAUUCUUGGUGCCACUGUCAUGCCACACUCUUUGUUCUUAGGAUCAGGUUUGGUGCAACCCAGGCUUCUGGAAUUCGAUGAGCAAAACGGCAACUACUCCAAGUUGGCUUCCGUAGAGGUCAACUCUGAGGAAUCUUCAAGCGAAAAGCUUAGCGAAGACGAAAAGCUGGAUCAGGGCUAUCUCAAUUACAAACCAAGCAUGUCGGCAAUUCGGUAUGCUCUCAAGUACUCCAUUUCAGAAUUGACCAUCACUCUAUUCACCUUUGCGCUUUUUGUCAACAGUUCCAUUCUGAUCAUUUCAGGAGCGACCUUAUAUGGCUCACCAGAAGCUGCUGGGGCAGAUUUAUACACAAUCCACGAUCUUUUGUCCAGAGAUCUGGCACCUGUUGUUGGUACUAUCUUUAUGCUGGCUCUACUACUGAGCGGACAAUCGGCGGGCAUUGUGUGUACUAUUGCAGGACAGAUUGUCAGUGAAGGACAUAUCAAUUGGAAAUUGAAACCUUGGAAGCGUCGUAUCGCGACUAGAAUGAUCUCCAUUAUUCCCUGUCUUGCCAUUUCUUUGAGUGUGGGUCGCUCCGCUUUAUCAAAAACUCUAAACGCCUCUCAGGUAGUGUUGUCUUUGUUGUUACCUUUCUUGACGGCGCCUUUGAUCUAUUUUACUUGCAAAAAGUCUGUGAUGAAAGUGGAAGAGCGUUCUUCCAAUGCAGAGAGUCAGUCGGACAUCGAGAAUGGUGAUUCUUCUGUGGUUGAUAUGUCCAACAACUGGGUGACAUCUAUAAUUGCAAUCGUCGUUUGGCUGUUCAUCUCCGUUCUCAACGUUUAUGCUAUUGUCCAAUUGGGCCUUUCUGGAGGUGAUAUCAGUUGA